CUUGGAAGGCUGCAGGCCACUGCAGUACCAUGUUCUGCUGCAACCCGUGCUCCGCCACCGCCAACACGGUGGGGCCGGCGAGCAUUGCGCCGGGCUGCGGCGAAUUCGAGCUGGUGGAGGUGCGGCCCGGCCGGGUGCUGCGAGUCCGCCACGCCGUGCCCGAGCGCCCGCCGGGAUCCGAGACGUGCGAGGACCCAGCCGACCGCGCGCACUGUACGCUGCGCUGUCGCCGCCGCAUCUGCGUCUACAAGAAUGGGCAGAUGUACAUCGAGAACUCCGACGACGGUGAAGGCGAGGAGGUGGUGAGCAGCGGCGGCGGCUCUGGAAGCGGCGAGCCCUUGAGCGCCAAGGUGGGCGAACCGGGGCCUCCGGUGGCAACUGGUAAUUCCGGCGGCGCCGGCAACGAGAACCGGUCUCCAGUGCCAAGCCACAGCAGAAACAACAGCAACACGAGGCCCUCGGAAUUUGGCCACGGCAAAGGGGCCUGCAGCAUGCAAUCAUCGGCGGCCAGCUUAGGCGGGGACCCCAGUAGCACCCAGCCUCCAACACCCGGCAUCCCGGUUAGCAACACCCAGCCACGACGGCCCCGGCGCAGGAGGAGGAAGCCCAAGAAGACGGUGCUGGUGGAGUGCGAGCGCGUCAUCACGAGCUGCCGCGGCACCGACUCGGACGUGGUGCUCUUCUUCUUCCACGGUGUGGGCGGCUCGCUGGAGGUGUGGCGUGAGCAGCUGCGGGCGCUGUCGGCACUGGGCUACGAGUGUGUGGCCCCCGACCUCCUGGGCCACGGCGGCAGCUCGGCACCCGAUGCCGCCGCCGCGUAUACGUUCGCCGCGCUCGCCGAAGACAUGCGCUUCAUCUUCCGCCGCUACGCCAAGCGCCGCAACGUCCUCGUGGGCCACUCGUAUGGCGUGUCGUUCUGCACCUUCCUGGCUCACGAGUACCCAGAGCAGGUGUGCAAAGUGGUGCUGAUAAACGGCGGUGGCCCGACGCCCUUGGAGCCCAGCGUGUGCUCCGUGUUCAGCCUGCCCUCCUGCGUGCUGCACUGCAUCUCGCCCUGCCUGGCGUGGGCCUUCCUCAAGGCCGGGUUUGCACGUCAGGGCACCAAGGAGAAGCAACUGCUGCGGGAUGGAAACGCGUUCAGCGUGCCGCCCUUGGUGCUGCGCGCCACCAUGAGCGGGCAGUACUGGCCCGAGGGCGACGAGCUGUACCAUGCGGCACUCACCGUGCCCACGCUCAUUGUGCACGGCUUGCAUGACCGCUUCGUACCAAUCGAAGAGGACCAGCGCAUGGCCGAGAUCCUGCUGAUCGCCUUUCUCAAGGCGGUGGAGGACGGGAGUCACAUGGUCAUGUUGGAAUGCCCCGAGGCGGUCAACACACUCCUGCAGGACUUCUUGCUCUGGGAGUACCGCCCGCCGCCCAGCAGCCAACCCGACGCAACCGCCACAACUCCACGGCAGGAGGACGCCUGCGAACGGCUCGGGACGACCGCGCCCAACCACGAGGCGCCCAGCGUCGGUGCAAACGUGGAGCAUCUCUCCGUGCCGACGGGCGCCGUUGGCGGAAACCCGGAGUGCGUGCGCGAAGGCGCUGUGAAUGGCGAACUCGUAAUGGGCAAAGCGGACGAUCGUGAUCGCGCCAAAGCCAGAGGUCAGGUCUCUCCCAGGGUAGAAAACCUAGCGCGCAAGGAAAAGGUGGUGAACCGUGAGUGUGUGAAGUGAGACGGCCGAUGCCAGCGAUGGUCAUCCUUGUUUGUUAUGGAGGUGCGAGCACUGUCGAUUGGCCACAGUCUCCCGUGUAUUAUAAGCGGCGGAAGUGUCGUAUGUACCGGCGAGGCUUGAGUAAGGAGAUUCGUUGUAAGUGCUAAGCCUGAACGGAUUGGAUAUGUGUAAGUAUGACCUUGCACAGACACUAGAAUGUGUGCGUUUGGAGUACAUUACUCUAUAAGGGUCAGUGGAGUUCCACGUUCUCGAAAGAGCCUGGAGACCUGAGGUUGCAGGAUUGAAAAUAUCCCAGCAGACCUCCUGGGAAGGUGACGUGUUCAUCGUAAGCCACCGCAUUAGUCCUUGCAGCAUUUUAGGGCGCAAAUGUCAUUGAUGUGCUAACAGAUGUCAUCUGAUGAUAUAAUGUGUAACUCAUUGUUUGAGUAUUAGUUACGGCUAAAGAAAAUCACAACGUAUUGAAAAUGUGGCACAGGAUAAUAAGUCAUGUUUUAAACUAUAUACUGUAGUUAAUCACAUAGUAGUUUAAUACAAGAUAGCCUCGGUAUCUCCACCAGGGAGAGUGCGUGGGUGUGUUGUUAGCAGAGAGUGAAGUUUGAAGACACGGUAGGAUCUUGUACUGAGACAACAUCUUUACCUUGGAUGACUGGAGUUGUCUCUUAAAAUGUAAAACCACCACCUGGCAUAAUCCAAGCUAUGAAUGAGGCUCUUCUCUUUCACUUGCCUGGUGCAGUUGGUGGGAGUUUGUUUCCAGGGUCCAUGCAAUUUGAGUGCUAUCUAGGAUGCCUUAUUGGAUUAUAUAUAAAGAUUGUUCUCUACCAGCUGGGAAGCCUGAGACAAUGCAUGCAUUACGGAUGUCCUAAUUUAGGCUGAUGCUCUUAGCAGCAUUGCCUCCCACUAACACUUGAGUGUGUAUAUUUAGCUCUGUCCCCUCCAGGAGAGUCGGAUGAUUCAUGCGAUCAUAUGCUAAUUGGAUGUUAAACCCUAUGCUCGUGACAUCUGCCUGUACUUCACAUCGGAUCGAAGAUUUUUUCCGCCAUGCCUGACCCGUGGCGUAUGCCACAGGUGCGCCGAAACCUUUACAGUGUCACGUAUACGCCUGCAUGGACACAGCUUAAAUUCGUAGAUCUGCGAUAAUAUGUACAGAUAUUGAAUUUUAUUUUUCAUCAUUAGCAUUGUUUUUUUUAAUAACAAAAACAUCUUUCAUGCUUGUAAAGUUCAGCCCUCAUUAUUGAAUACUAAAUAAUAUUACCAAAAAUAUGGUGCAGUACUGUGUUUAUAUUAAAGGUUUAAUUGGACAUUGCUUACAGUAUUCAUAUAUUUAUAUAUAAAAAAAAACAUUGCAAGUGUUUGGAUGUGUUUUAAUAUUUGACCCAUUUUCUGCGUAGACCAUGUGGUUAUAUUUGGGCAACGUUUUAUACUGGUUAUUCAAAUUAUUAGGGUAUUGUGUACGUACUUGCAUACAUACGGCAUUGUACUUUCAAAAUUCUGACAGUUCUGCUUACAUUUUCAUCAGCAAAUGCAAAUUCACAACUUAGAUUACUGUCUAUACUGUAGUAUUUAAUGCACUUUACUGAUGCUACAGAUACCAUGACAAUAUAUAUAACAUUGGUGUCAAGCGCUUUAAAAUAAUAAAAUGUUUACAUGCACAUGAACCAUUGGCAUUGCCAUUGAACAUUUUAGAGCUUGUGCAUAAGACAAUUGGGAGUUUUAAAGACGAUAUUGCUCUUUGCCAUAACUGCCAAGUAUUUACAAAAAACAUAUACUUAUGAUCAAUGCAAUUACGUUGCCAUGUAGCCAGUACUACAGUAUUUUUGUUAAAAGCACCUGCUGCAAAGCAGACUCGCUGUACUGAUGGGUUUAAAAAAAAAUGUGAGAGUAUAUGGGUUUUUUUUUUUGUUAAUAGAAAUUAUAUGGGAGCAACAUCUGGAAUAAGUCGAAAUUGAUGAGUGAAAUUAACCUCCAUUGUCUGAAAUAUGCCUUGGGCUAAUGUAGAUUAGGCACAGAGAUCAAUGUGGAUACGUUUCCGUCCUCCAUUGGUCAUUCUGAUCAAUUAAUAGUUGUAGAUUACAUGCAGAUAUAACGUUCAAGGCUCUGGACUGUCUUUGGAACGUGCGACUGUACACCUUGUUAUACAUUUAAUUCAAACAUUGCAAACUUGUUUAAUUCCUCUCGCAUCAAUCAACAGUGGAGAUAAUUUUAACAACAGACAUGGAUGUAUAAUUGCAGUUUUGUGAAUUAACGCUGGUGUAGACUAAACACUGACACAUUGACACGUGAUCAUUAUUUACGCUGGAGGUGUUGAACAAUGUCUUCAAAAUACGUGGGUUAUAAAACGUUGAGCGAAAAUAAAGGUUUUGAGUGUUG